AUGAAUGAGUCAAACCCAUUUGGAGAGGUACAUUCCACUACUAAUAGUGAAGUUGGUUCAUCAUCCGCAUCCGUAUCCACAUCCGCAUCCGCAUCCGCAUCUUCUUCAACACCUUCAUCCACUUUACCUAACCCUCAAACACUAACUCAAAGUACACCUCAACCGAGUGGUCUUCCACCAUUACCUCAUUCCGGCCCAAAAAGAGAAAAAUCGGAAGUAUGGGAUCACUUUGAGAAAUAUGAAGAAGUGGUUGAGAGUGUGAAGGAGGAUGGGAGCAAAUAUGCAACCACUAAGAAGAGAGCUAGGUGCAAGUAUUGCACUAUGAGCUAUGCAGCAGACUCUACUAGAAAUGGGACCUCAAAUUUGAGGAAACAUAUUGAAAACUUAUGUAAGAAAUAUCCGGGGAGGGUUCCUAAAGAUAAACGGCAAAAGCUAUUGUCUUUUGACCAAGAACAUGGGGUUCUUACAUCAACAAUGCAUGGUAAAGAAGAGUGGUUAAAGGCAUGUGUAGAGAUGGUAGUAAUGGAUGAGAUGCCGUUUAGUGUGGUUGAAGGAAAAGGGUUUAGGCGGUUUUGUAAUUCUUUGAACCCCCAUUUUCAAGUGCCAUCGCGUAGGACACUUGUGAGGCAUUUCAUGGUAAUGUAUGAUGCCAUGAAACAAAAAUUGAAAGAAGAAUUAGCACCACAUAGAGUAUGCCUCACAACGGACACUUGGACAAGUGUUCAAAACAUCAAUUACAUGGUCAUCACGGCACACUUCAUAGAUGGUGAUUGGAACUUGCACAAAAGAAUCUUGAACUUUUGUGUGAUUUCCAAUCACAAGGGGAACUCAAUUGGUAAACUCCUUGAGUCAUGCUUGCUUGAUUGGGAUUUGAAGAAGAUAUUAACCAUCACGGCCGAUAAUGCUUCUUCAAACACAAAGGCUAUAGAUUACUUGAAGUCAAAAAUGGGCCAUUGGGGAAAUGGUAGUCUUUUAUUAGAGGGAAAGUAUAUGCACAUUAGGUGUUGUGCUCAUAUUGUGAAUUUGAUAGUUCGUGAUGGGUUGAAGAAGUUGGAAAAAAGCAUAGUGUGUAUAAGAAAUGCUGUGAAGUAUGUAAGAUCUUCUCCCAAAAGGUUGGAGGACUUUAAGAGUUGUGUUAAGAAAGAGCAAAUUGAAUGCAAAGGGCUUGUGGUGUUGGAUGUGCCAACAAGGUGGAAUUCCACAUAUAUGAUGUUGGAAGCCGCCUUAAAGUUUGAAAAGGCAUUUUGGAGAAUGGGAGAAGAUGAUGAAGGCCCAUAUAUUUCUUGGUUUGGUGAAGAUGAACCGGAUCUUGAAGAUGGGGUGGUUAUGUCUCAUUAUCCUAGAAAGAGGGAAGGACCACCAACUAAUGAAGAUUGGAACAAUGCUCGUACCUUUGUGAAUUUUUUGAAGGUAUUUUAUGAUGCUACAUUGAAGAUGAGUGUCACUUUGCAUCCCGCUUCCCACACCACAUUUCAUGACUUGAUUGCAAUGGAAGAAGAAAUUGAGGAUUUGUUGAUGGAAGAGGAGGAAAUAUUAAGUGAAACCCAAACCUCCAAGGUUUUGAAGGACAUGGCACUUAACAUGAAGAUGAAGUUUAAAAAGUAUUGGGGUGACCUUGAUAAAUUGAACCAAAUUUUGAUGGUUGCUCUUGUUCUUGACCCUCGAUACAAAUUGGGGAACUUGGAGUUUAUCUUGAAAAGCCGGUUUGAAAACCCGGAAGAUGCGGUUAAGAAGAAGAAUGAGAUCAAAGAGAUUUUAAAGAAGUUUUAUGAAGAAUAUGCCAUGCCACCACCACCACCACCACCUACUCAAAGUAGUAGUUAUUAUUCUAGUGAUACUACUACAAUGAGUACAAGUAGUAGCCGAGGGGGAAAGAAACGAAGGCAAAUGACCGAAAAUUGGAGAAAAGAGACUCGAGCAAAUGAUGUUGUGGUAUUGGAGCAUGAGAUUGAUAGGUACAUCACCGACCCUAUUGAAGAUGUGGUUGAUGAAUUUGAUGUUUUGAAGUGGUGGAAAUUGAAUGGGGUUAAGUAUCCGGGGUUGGCACUUAUUGCAAAGGAUGUGCUUGCCAUCCCGGUAUCAACGGUGGCUUCGGAAUCAUGCUUUAGCACGGGUGGUCGGGUAGUUAAUUCAUUUCGUGCUUCUUUGACUCCUAAGAUUGUGGAGGCCUUAAUUUGUUCUCAAAAUUGGUUAAGGUCGGAUGACAUUUCCUCUUUACAAUAUGAGCCAACAAUUCAAGAGAUGGAGUUCUAUGAAUCGAUUGAAUUAGAUAUUAUGAGUUCAUCCACACCUAGCACCAUAGCUCCAACUACUUUUCAAUGUUAA